AUGCAGCCUUCGGACUCGAGUGUUGCCGGCCCGAGGAUAAACCACGGCCAGUCCCUGCCCAGCAACUCAUCCCGGAGCACUUCUGGAGCUACUGCUGGCACGGCAGUGGUGCACUGCUUUCAGCUGGCACUAAGCGACGGCGAUGGCAGGGACCAACUUUGUUAUUUCCCAUACCUCACCUCCAGCUCCACUCUGGCUCGCCAUCGUCCGGCCAAAGAUGAAGCCAAGAGCAAUGGUUGCUUCGACCGCCGUCUUGUGGACAUCUUCUUCGCUGACGAAAAGCAG